AUGACUAGGAAUCUUGAUCCUCGGCAGAUGCGGUCAGCGAGCGCCACUUUGGCACGAAAAGAGCGUGAGCAGCCAGACGGCCAGAGGAGCGAAUGCGCAACGGGUCCAAGUUUUUGGAAGGUUGACUUUGAGCGCCUCUUUGAGCGCCUCUUUGAGCGCCGGGCCGGGGAUCCUCACCGCGGUCGAAGAAUGAACAAGGGCAAACUCGUGGAUGGCUGCGUCGCCAAUUGA